CGUAGAGAUACAAAACGUUACCGGUGGCUGAAGGAAAAAAAAUGCUUUCGAGUAUUGUUAAAUUAUCGUUUUUCCUCCUAAGCACUGCGAUUUUACAUGUUUCUGGUCUUUAUGAAGAUCAAGUUGGAAAAUUUGAUUGGACACAAAGAUAUAUAGGAAAAAUAGAGAGAUUGUAUUGGGAUCAAUCAAAUCCAAGUAAAAAGCUACUGGUUACUACAGAUAAAAAUGUUUUAGCAUCAAUAAAUGUCUACAAUGGUUCUAUAGCAUGGAGACAGAUAUUAGAAGACAAUGACAGAGGAACUAUUGAUGCAGUAUUCCAUCAAGAUAAAUAUUUUGUUGGUGUAUGUGGUGGAGGGAGAUAUGUUAGGAGUUGGAAAGUAGAAACUGGUGCCCUCAGCUGGGAAAAUACUGUCCAUCACAUAGCUAGACCAGGUGCUGAUAUAAAGAUCAAAGGCAAUGAUCAAGUAAUAGCACUUACACCUUAUGGAGUAUAUAGUUAUGAUUUAAUGAAUGGAAAACAGAAGUGGAAGUUUUCACUACCAAAUAGUGAUGGAACUGUAUUUGAUCGAGUUAUAGUCCGUGGAAAUGAGGUAAUAGCCAUUGGUCACUUGCCUGGAGCACAUGUUACCAUAGUUAAAGCCAAUAAUGAAGGAGUAAUCAGUUCACAGAAGUCUAUUCCUGCUGCAUGGAUAAACAAGGAAACCAGUUGUGAGGUUGUAGACAGCAGUUAUUACUUGUGCUUCAAACAGGACACUUUAACAUUACAACUGUUAGACCUGGUCAGUGGUCCUGUCUUCAAACCAACUGAUAUAUCGGAGCUUGGUCUGGCUCCUUCUGGACCAGUUGUGUUAGAACCAGUUUCUAACAGGGGAGACUACUCUGAACUGUUGAUCAGACUUGGAAGAAAUGAUUUAGCUAUUUUGAAGAUAGUGAAGAAUGAGUUGCAAGUCGUUAAGCAGUUACCAGGUGUGUCAGCAGCAGAAGUGACCAAGCUAGACAAUAAAGAAGUAUUACUGACAUUACAGAAAUCUGGAGACCAGGAGUUGACCUUAACUGGAUAUGACCUUGAGUCUGGAGGUGAAAUAACAGAUUUAAAACAGAAAAUAAGUGCAGGUCUAAGCCAUGGUUUGCCAUUAAAGGUGUAUGGAUAUUUAGUGAGAAAGAAGGAUGGAAGAAUUGGAUACAAACUUGCUUUACAGUCAGAAGACUACUCUCUCCAAAUGGUACAGAAAAUGGGUAAGGUAUCCUGGACCAAUGAGGAAGCCCUGGCAUACAUCAUGUCUGUAGAAAUGAUUGAUUUACCUGUGUCUGAAAACCAGGCCAAGUUUGAAGAGGAAUUUGGAUCUCACAAAGAUGAUAUUGGAACCAUGUUUGUGAAGAGAUUAAGUACACAACUCUCUCAGUUGAAGACAUUUUUGCAAAAACAACUACACAAACUUCAAGGUCACCGACAUCAUUUGAUGGAAAACUCUGAUGGAUCAGAUGAGGAGGAAGAAGACGAGGAUGAUGAUGAGGAAAUGACCAGAGAUGAAUUUAACCUCAACAAGAUGAUUGUCAUCGUGACGUCUGCUGGCAAGGUUUAUGGAAUGAAGAGUACCAAUGGAAAGAUAGCUUGGUCACAUUUCAUGCCUAAGUUAUCUCCCUUUGAUAGAUAUAAAAAAACAUUACCAUUGUUUGUACAACGUACCACGGCACAUUUUCCUAAUCCCCCACAGUGUGCAAUUUUGGGCAGAGAUAUGAAAACAGGACAUGGUGUGUUAUAUGCAUUUAACCCUAUCACAGGAGUGGCGUUGUCAGAUAUGCCACCUGAAGGUCUAGACCUAGGUUAUAAUGUACAACAAGCCUACAUGGUAGGGGAAAUGGAUGAGAACUUCCUUAAAGGCAUAGUUCUAAUGGACUCUAAUACACAGAUCCAUGUUUAUCCUCAGAGUUACAAAUCAGUAGCCAGUAGUAUCCACUCUUCUUUAUACAUGAUGGUUGUAGAUUUAGAUACAGGGAUGUUGAAUGGAUACAGAGUUGGCAAGGAUUUAAAAGGAGAGAAAGUUUGGAAUGUCAACCUACAGAAGAAACAGCAAAUUAUCAAAGAUGUAGUGUUUAAAAGAUACAAUGAACAUGUCCACUCUCAAGGUCGUGUCCUUGGUGACAGGAGUGUAUUGUAUAAAUACAUUAAUCCUAAUCUGGCAGUUGUUGUAGCUGAAGGAGAAGAUACAUCUAGUUCUUCACAGAAAACAGGUCCAGGAAAUUUUGUGAAUAUCUACUUAAUUGACAGUGUCAAAGGUCAUAUUGUUUUCCAUGGCAACCACAGAAGAGCCAAAGGACCAGUUCAUAUUAUACACAGUGAGAACUGGGUAGUGUAUGAUUAUUACAACCAGAAGAGUAGGAGGAAAGAAGUAUCGGUAUUAGAACUGUUUGAAGGAAAGGAACAGAGUAAUUCUACGGCCUUCUCAAGUCAUACUGCUCCACAUGAACCACUGGUUCUCAGACAGUCCUUUAUAUUACCAAUGCCUAUAUAUACAAUGGCUACCACUAUCACAGAGAAAGGAAUUACUAGUAAAUCUGUGUUAUUUGCAUUGGUUCAUGGAGGUCUACUGUCUUUACCAAAAGCAUUUAUAGAUCCAAGAAGACCAGUCAUACCAACACAGGAAACUAUGGAGGAAGGAAUUAUACCCUAUAUACCAGAGCUACCUGUAUCAACAGAAGCUAUAAUUAACUAUAACCAGAGUAUAUAUAAUAUAGUAGGCAUACAUACAUCACCAGCUGGCCUGGAGUCUACUUCAUUAGUAUUAGCAUAUGGACUAGAUUUAUUUUUUACAAGAGUGCAACCGUCAAAGAUGUUUGAUGUACUAAAAGAAGAUUUUGACUUUUAUUUGAUAUCAUUAGUGAUGCUGGCUAUGAUUUUAGUUACACUUAUUACACAGAAACUAGCAGCUAGAAAAGCUUUGAACAAAGCCUGGAAAUAAAAAUAUUUGUAUAUCUAACUUAUAAUACAGUGAACAGAUCUCCUCAUUAAUGUUACAUGUGCAUGUUAGUGAUGUUUAUGCUUGAAGAAUAUUUAAACAGAUAUAUAUAUCAAAAUAAUUGCAUGUCAUGUGCCAGCUGGUAAUUCUAUCUUUCUCAGAAAUCUUGGCACUUAUUUUUUUAAAAUAUGACUAUAAUUUUUAAAUAUCAAGUGUCAAAUACAUUCAACCAAAAUAAAUUAGUAAUUAUACACACUUUUCGUCUAAAUUUUUCAAAAUCAUUUUGAAAUGUUGGACCUACAUUCUGAUCUAUAAGUGAACACAUUGUCAAUUGAAACUCUUAUUUAACAGUCUUUUAAAAAGUCAAUAUUGAAAUUGUAGAAUAAAGUUAAUGGGGGGAAUUAUAUGUUGGAAAGCAUUUACCCAAUUAUUGCAUUUUACCAUGUGCGACUGUGUUCUAAUAAUGAGUGCAUUAUUUACAGCCAAAAGUUAAUUCAAAAAUUGUAAUUACUGUUGUAUGUAUUGGUGCAAUAAUUAUAGUUUCUUUAGAAUAACAUGUGCUAUGCUAUUGUUUUUGUUUGUGUUUUUGUGCAUAUCCAUUGAGUGUGUAUAUGGAAUGCUUUCUAAACCAAUAACCUUCAUGUCCAUUCCAGCUGAUAUUUAUAAUUAUUAUAAGAAAAAAAUAAACAAAAUGUUGUACUAUGCUAUUUUUCAUUGAUUAUUUUGUUGUGUAUAAAUACCAUUGAUGUUAGAUAUCUGUAUAUUGUAACUCAAUAAAUAUGAUCAUUUUCGAAUUUGUCAACAUCACAAAUAUCACCAACAAUUCCACAAUGGAUGGUGAGAAAAAGUGAAUACAAGGUUAUACAUGUAGUAGUGUAAAUGAUAUAAAAGUAUGUACUUCUAUAUAAAUUACUUGGCAUCAAGUUUUCAUUUGAUGGUAACACAUAUCUAAACCACACUCUGCUGAUUCAUUACAGUUUAAGGUGGUACCCAACACUUUAACUAAAAUUAAUUUGGCUUGUUUAAUUUUCUUAAAAUUUUGACAAAGUAUUUACUUUGACCCUUUGACAAAAAUAUUAAAAUUUCAAAAAAUUUGAACCAACUGUUUUAUCAGAAAAAUUACACUGGUUAUAUAGCAGUUUGACAAAAACUUUUUGUGAUCCUUGAAAAGCUUAAUUUUCCCUUUACAACACAACGUAAUUAAAAUGUUUAGCUGAUUUUACAGAGUUAUCUCCCUGUAGUGUAAGGUACCACCUUAAGUCAAUUUGAUACCAUCUAUUUUGCAAUUGAUGCUCACAAAUCAAUAAUAUUUCAUCUGCUAAGUUGUAGGUUUAUUUGUGUAUGAAUUGUUUGUACAAAGCAUACCAUUCCUUACAAAUUCAGUCGUAUUAUGGAGCCAUUUUUUUUCGUAUGUCAUUUUGUAUAUUGAAGUAUGAAAUGUAUGAGUCAUUCAGUGUAAUUUUGAUAUUGUUUUGAUACUGUGUCUUUACAGUAUGAAAUCUUUGAGUCAUUAAAUGAUUUGUCAUUGUA